UACUUUGUUUUCUUUUUUAAGAAAAAACAAGCAACAGGAUUUAUAUCUACAACAAUGUGAUUUUUAAUAUUAGCAACUAAUUGAAAGGUUUUUAAAUACAGUAUAGACCAAACAGAACACUGUGGGCUGCCAGCUUGUGACCUCAACUGUGGGGUCCAUGGGUAUAUUCCUUGGCUUUUAAUGAGAUCGCUUGAGAGCAUGGAGGAUUGGUAGGUGGAAUAUUGAAAGAGAUGGGCUCCAAGGCUCAGAAAAUUAGAUUUCCCGAUCUCUCUGCCACUGUCAGAAGAUAUUAAACUAUCAUUUUAGGGCAACCCUUUGUUUUACAGACAAGGGAGCUGAAGACUAGAGAAGGCAAGGCUCUCUGCCCAGUCAUGCAGAGCUAGUUCCUGCACUAGGACCAGACCCCAAGUCUGCCAGCUCCCAGCCCACUGCAUCACAUUAACUACUGCUUCAAAACUAGGCCUCCCUGCCUGCCCAGGACACCAGACCUGGCUCCACCAGAAGCAUAAGCUUCCCACAAGUUCAAGAGGCCCUUUCUGACCAGAUUCAAAGUUCCCCUGAUGCCUGUUUAGCCCAGCAUCCCAUUGGCUGGUAGUAGGAUCCACCCCUUUAGUAGGUUCCUCCCCCUGCCCUGCAGCUCUGUGAGUGUGGACAUUCCCUGAGAGGCCAGGGGUCUCCGCAGCAGCAUGGCUGAGUCGAGCAAGCCCAUCCUGUAUUCCUAUUUCCGAAGCUCCUGCUCAUGGAGAGUUCGAAUCGCUCUAGCCUUGAAAAACAUCGACUAUGAGACUGUAGCCGUCAACCUCAUAAAGGACGGGGGCCAGCAGUUCUCUGAAGAAUUCCAGGCCCUGAAUCCCAUGAAGCAGGUGCCAGCCCUGAAGAUUGAUGGAAUCACCAUCGGCCAGUCCCUGGCCAUCAUCGAGUAUCUGGAGGAGACUCGGCCCACGCCGCGACUCCUGCCUCGGGACCCGAAGCAGAGGGCCCAGGUGCGCAUGGUGUCUGACCUCAUCACCAGCGGCAUCCAGCCCCUGCAGAACCUGUCUGUCCUGAAGCAGGUGGGACAGGAGAACCAGCUGACCUGGGCCCAACAGGCCAUCACUUCUGGCUUUAACGCUCUGGAGCAGAUCCUGCAGAGUACGGCGGGGAGGUACUGUGUGGGGGACGAGGUGUCCAUGGCUGACCUCUGCUUAGCGCCUCAGGUGGCGAAUGCUGACAGGUUCAAGGUGGACCUCACUCCCUACCCCAUCAUCAGCCGCAUCAACAAGUCACUGCUGGCCUUGGAGGCCUUCCACGUGUCUCACCCCUGUCGGCAGCCGGAUACACCCCCCGAGCUGAGGGCCUAGCUCUCAAACUGCGCCCCACUGGUGCAGGGGCGGGGGGCGGGGAGGGGUGCAAGGGGAGACACUGCCUGGGCUGAACUGGCCUGGAAAUGAGCGAGCCCCGACUGCAGAGAAGCGGAAGACCUGAACCCUCGCGCUGGCUCUGCCUUCCUGCCGGACCGCUCUCUGCCUCAGCCCCUUCGUUUGUCACCCGCGGGCAGGGUGGGGUGAGAGGAUGCGGGAGCGGGUAAGGCAGGCAAUUACCUGGUGUCGGGGUCCCAGGCAGUCAGGAGGAUGAAGUGAAUGUAGACUGAAAUGUCUGGCCAGUUUACCAGAGGCAUGAGGAAGUCUGAGCACGUCUUCCAUCUCCUCGACUGUUAACUGACUUCCGAGACGGCCCACCCUGGAAUCUAAUCAUUAAACUAAAGCCCAGGCCU